AGUUGUGGCUGAUCAGUAUAACACGUUGAACCUUUUUACAAUUCAAACAUGAGAAAAUUUGCGGUAUUUGUUUUUUUAUUUGCGGUUUUUGAACUUUCAAUUUCAAAAACAAUAUUUGAAAAUAGUAUAGAGCCUUUGGAACCUUCCCUAGGAUUUAGCAACAUACCUAUUUUUGCGAAUAUGUUAAGAAGAAGAUGCCCAGUUUGUGAUUCAUCAGUUUACAGUUACUGUAGUGAUAAAUUGUUCCAUGAUUCUUGUUGUUGUCAUAAUCCCAAUAACCCCUAUGAUCGAGUACCAUACCAAUGUAUGUAUGCAGAUUGUAGUUUUCUACAUGCAAAUACCUGCGCAGAACAUAAACUUAUUACUGCCUGUUGUUGCACAAAUUUGUAUAAAAAAUAAUGUAUUUUAUUGAAAUGUUAGUGUUCAGUAAUUAUUUAUUGGUUAAUUUUAAGAAAUUUGUUCGAAUUAUUGCACGAUAUUUUUAAUAA